UUUUAGAAAUUUCAUAAAUAAAAAUUGAAUUUAAUUAAAAAAUGUAAAUUAUUUUCACUAAAAAAGUAAUUAUUAGUUUUUGUCCUGACUUGUGAAAUUUAUCAGUCAUGCUGAUUGUGUUUUGACAGCUCUGAAAUUCUUUAACUAAAAUUGUUUCUUCAAAAUUUUACAACUGCACUUGAGUUCAACGACCAAUACUAUACUUUAACCUCAAAAAUUGACAGCUGAUUGCUAGUUUAUUAUUUAGAUAAAUAUUUUAAAGUUGAUAGGAGGAAAAAUUAAUCAGGAUGUCUAGAAAAAAACACAAUAUUGCUUACAUAAAACCAGAAGAACCUAAAUUUAUACGGGAUUUAAAAGCUCAAAUUGGAUUUAAGGAAGGUCCUGAUGUCAACACCAAGAGACAAGAAUUAUCAGAAGGUGAAGAAGAAGAUUUUGAAGAUCGUGGUGAAGAAAAGCCACAAGUUGUCGUUUUAAGUAAAGAACACUUGACUGCUGAAGAAGCUGAUGAAUUUCAGAAGAAAAAAGAUCUAGAAGAAGCUAACGCUCCGGCAGAUCUCUCCAAGAGGAUAAUUUUUAAUCGAAAAGCCAAACCAGAGGCAGAUGUGCUAGACCAACCACCUCCCAAGAAAAGUAAAUCCAAAAAACCUAAGCUCGUAUUAUCCUUCGACGACGAAGACGAAUAACGUAAUCUUAAUUACUAAUUAUAAAUAUAAUAAUUAUAAAUAAAAUUGUACAUAAAUUUUUUACUCUAAAAUAG